ACAACAUUUACAAAUAAUAAUCAGAUCUUAGUCUCAAAGUCUACAGAUCAGUUUGCUAUUUUUCGAUUUUUCCGGUGUUAUACCAAAUUUCCUAGUUUUCUAAUUUUUCGCAAGUUUAUUUCUCAAUUACCUUUUGUUUCCACUUUCGAGUGUUGAAGAGUGUGUGGCUAUAAAUUUUUCCACGGCUUUUAUUCCGCCUGCAAUUGCCAGCGUCUGAGAGCCAUCUCCGUUGAGUUAAUUGCAGAGUGUGUGUGUUAUUGACAUUUAAAUUCUAUCAACUUUUUAGUGAUAGUGCAUCGUCGAUUGACAGGUUCACGAUGUCCGACCCGUUGACGUUGAAAGAACUGGAGGAUGUCCGCUAUCGCAUGGACGUCGAUUCAUAUUUGGUAUUGAGCGAAUCCCUGGUCGCUUUCAACCUGACUGACACAACACGCAUCAGAUACGAUGCCACAACGAAACCCUGUUAUAAUUAUAAGGUAUUAACAAUGUUAAAGGAUAAUUACGGUUUCAAAUACCACCGUGAGUUCCACCUUGGAGGCUCAGGCAAUCACAAUACUUUCGUAAUCGCAUUGCACGAGUCGACCUCAAUACCGGUCGGUAUCAAACAAUAUUUUAUUAAGAAAGUGCUGCAAGCCGGCCUGGACGCGCUGGGCCCAGAAACGAAGACCCAAACGCACGGCAUACCGCAAGGUAUAUGCUGCGACGGGACGCAGUCGCUGAAAUUAUUUGCUGAAGACGCACCCACCGUUUGGCGACGAGUCGACGCCUUCGUCCGGGAUAAACGGACGUUGGCGAACGACAUCGUCGAAAGCGGUGAGGAAGCGAUGCACCGGAAUUAUAAUCCGGAUUUUAAAUUUUACAAGGUAUGCUUCAUGUAUUACCGAUGUAAGCACGGCAUCUUAGCCGAACCGGAAAGCGUAGGCGAAACCUUACAAUCGAUAAUAUCAUCGAACAACACGACGUCGAUUCUUCUUGUUCAAUUGCACUUUGGAACGGUACUGUACCACCCAACCCUACCUCUCUUUUUACAUUUCCCUACGGCCCUUCGGAAAUUAUCGAAAGCUAAGGAAAAAACCUUCUACAGAUGUCACGACAUACAAAACGGCGGUUACAUCACGUGUAAAUCGCCUUUCGCCGAAGAUCGAUACGAAAACAUCAGUUAUCUCCAAUCCUACGAUCCGACAUACCACAUGAUCAGACCGCAUAGAAAAGCCAAUAUGACGUUAUAUACCAUAUUCGGUGAAUAUCGCAAUUGCAGUAAGUUCGUCAAGGGGAAGACGGAAUUUAUGAAAAACUUCAUUAAAUGCCAGGAUCACAGACUGCUACAAGUUGGUGACGGUCUAAAAUUGCGAAUAGAAUUCGUGGCAAAUUUCGACGGGUUCGAAGAGGCCCUGGCCUCACUAACGCCGCAAUCGCAUUUUUUGACCUCGAUCAAAGAUCAUUUUUGUGUCGUUCGUAACGGCGACGACGGCGUAUCGGAGAAUGAAGAGUGCACCUUAGGCACUUUCCGUGGUGAUUGGCGACACCACGUAGAGAGCACAGGCGUCAAAUACCUCGGGAACCUGAUCGCCGCCAUGGCGUCUUGGAAGCAAUCACCAACUCGCGACGCCGUCAGACGCAUGUACGACGCAGAAAUCAAACUGAAGUACUUCAAUGACGGAACGACGAGACUUAUAGACUACGGACGAUUACGUAAACUUCUAGGCCGCCAAAGUCUCACUUACAUAGAGGAGUUCGACGACGACGACGACGCCGCCAACAACAACAACAACGACGACGACGACGACGAAGACAACAACAACGACGACAAUGACGACAACAACGAAGACGACAUCGAAGACAUCAUCGACGACGAAGACGACGACGAUAACGACGACAACGAUAACAGCAACAACGAUAACGAUACCAACAACAACGAACAACGUGGCUUACUCAAAUAUAUCUGUACGGACGAGGACAGCAACCAUAUUUUAUCUAUGAGUUUCAGAUUUCAAGAUAUUAAGAUAUUCUAUUCCACCAUAACGAUGGUGUGGUACCGCAAGUACUUACAGAUAUAUUUGCGUGCGGCCGACAAAUACGACUAUAUCACUCGACCCCACCUAGUACUGAUGAAAGCCAUCGCCCACAUGUCUUACCUACAAUACGGACCGCAUACUAAUGCGUGGACACGACCGACAACUAAAGACUUUGGCACCACUCACGUACUCCACGCUUUACGUCGACGACGGUCCUCUAGUGGCCUUCGUUGGCGAAUAAUCGGCAGACUCGAUCCUCGGCAAGUGGUGUCGGCGAUCGAGACGCCGAAUCACAAUAGCAUUUCCCUUUUUCUAUCAGCCACCAAAAGCCACCCACAAUACCGACAAGACCUUCUACGCACCUACAUAUACAAUAACGUAAACUACUUUCCAGCAUAUCCCAUCACAAAGUCACUUCGCGGAAUGAUCUGA